CCAAAGCCCAAACUGGCUACAAGAUUCUCUGUUUCUGGUUGUGCUUUGGGGGCAUCGGUCCAUCGGUGGACAGGAUCUGAAAAUUACUUGGGUUUUCUUUUUCUAUAAACAAACCCAAAUUCAUAUAAAACCCCUCAAAACCCUACAUUUUCCAGCCAAGCUACCUGCCCUUAUAGCAAAUCAAAGCCUCUUUUAUCAAUUCAGUUUCAUCAUACAUAUAUUAGUCUCUAGAAAGGAGAAGGAACUUUUGCUUUCAGUAUAAGAAAUUUCAUUCAACAUCGAGUUUUUGACGAAGGGUUAGGCUUAGUUUUAAGAAUGGCUGACAAAGAUUCUGCAUCUGGAGCGAAUAAUGAAAACCCAGAUCGAAAUUCUGAUGAAAACCCUGUUUCUAGCUAUAAAGCUUCCCUAGAGAAUCUGGUUCAAAGAUUCCAAAACUCGAACCCUUUUGAUCAGAAACACAAAUUUUGGGAGACACAGCCCGUUGGGCAGUUUAAGGAUGUUGGGAAUUCUAGUUUACCUGAGGGCCCGAUUGAACUGCCUACGCCAUCGUCUGAGGUAAAACAAGAGCCUUAUAAUCUUCCGAACUCGUAUGAGUGGAGUACAUGUGACAUGGGGUCUGAUGAAGUAUGCAAUGAGGUUUACGUGUUGUUGACCAAUAACUAUGUCGAGGAUGACGAUAACAUGUUCAGGUUUAAUUACUCGAAGGAGUUUCUUCGUUGGGCUUUGCGUUCUCCUGGGUAUUAUAGCAGUUGGCAUGUUGGAGUUCGUGUUAAGGCUUCGAAGAAAUUGGUUGCUUUCAUUAGCGGCAUUCCUGUGAACAUGAGGGUUCGAGAUCAAGUUGUGAAAAUGGCUGAGGUUAACUUUUUAUGCGUUCAUAAGAAACUUAGGUCGAAGAGACUUGCUCCGGUUAUGAUUAAGGAGGUUACGAGGAGGAUUCACUUGGAGAAUGUUUGGCAGGCUGCUUACACUGCUGGAGUGCUUCUUCCAACACCAUUGACUACUAGCCAAUACUGGCAUAGGACUUUAAACCCAAAAAAACUGAUUGAUGUUGGGUUUUCCAGGCUUGGUGAGAGGAUGACGAUGAGCAGGGCCAUUAAACUCUACAAGUUGCCAACUUCAACUUCAACCCCUGGUUUAAGAAAAAUGGAACUCAGAGAUGUUCCGUCUGUGACCCAGCUGCUAAGGAACUACUUGAGCCGAUUUUCUGUAGCUCCAGAAUUUGAUGAUAAUGAGGUGGAGCACUGGCUCCUUCCCCAAGAGAAUGUGGUUGAUAGUUACUUAGUGGAGAGUCAAGUGACACAUGAGAUUACUGACUUUUUCAGCUUCUACACUCUUCCUUCUUCCAUUCUUCACAGCCAGGAGUACUCAAUUUUGAAAGCAGCUUAUACAUUCUAUUAUGUCUCAACAAAUACUCCAUUGCUCCAACUGAUGAAUGAUGCACUUAUCAUUGCAAAGCAGGAGGAUUUUGAUGUGUUUAAUGCACUAGAUGUUAUGGAGAAUGAGUCUUUCCUAAAGGAACUUAAAUUUGGACAGGGUGAUGGCCAACUGUACUACUAUCUUUACAACUAUAGGCUAAAUCAGGCGCUUAAGCCAUCAGGACUGGGUCUUGUACUUUUGUAGCUUGAUAUGUGAUUCAGGACAAUUAUCAUGCACCACUGAGCUAAACUUAUUUUUGGUUUUUCAUUUUGCUAUUGAUGGAAUACUGGAUUCUUAUUGUCCAUUGGGUCCAGAGUAAUAAAGGGAUUUGUCUGUUACUUGAAGACUGUAAGUUCACUAUCUGGGGAAUUGCUGGAUGCUUGUGGAUUAUCUUUGAGCUAAUAAGUUCACUAUCUGUGGACUAUCUGUGAACUAAUAAGUUCACUGUAAGUUCACUAUCUGUGGACUAUCUAGGGGAAGAUGAAAUGAUUUUCUAUGGUUUAAUAGUU